CUCUCUACCACCCCACCCAAUACUGGUGUAAGAAUGGGUUUCUUACUAUCCAAUUAUCAACUCACAAUAUGUAUCCUGUUUUCCCUAAUUUUCUGCUUCUCUUCUUCUUCUGCACAUCUUUGCCAUAAUGACGAGAGCACUGCUUUGCUCCAAUUUAAGCAAUCCUUGUCCUUCAAUUGCUCUGCUUCCCGUUGCAACAGGGAUCCUUCUGUUCCAUAUGAUACUGAUAAUUGGAAAGAGGGUACAGAUUGUUGUGCAUGGGAUGGGGUCACAUGUGAUAACACCACUUCUCAUGUCAUUGGCCUCGACCUCUAUUGUAACUGCCUAUAUGGUACCAUCCAUCCAAACAGCAGCCUCUUCAAUCUUGUUCACCUUCAACACCUCGACCUUUCUUGCAACAACUUCACUCACUCUCAAAUUUUACCUUCAUUUGGCCGUUUCACAAAUUUGACCCAUCUUGACCUCUCUGAGUCCUAUCUUUCUGGCCCAAUACAAUCAUCAGAAGAAGUCUGGCAAGGGAAUAACUUCUCCAAUAGCAUUUUCCACUUACAGAAAUUGCAAGUGCUGUGGUUAUACGGUAACAGAGAACUCACAGGUAAACUUCCAAAUAUUAUUAAUGGAACUCUCCGGCACCUUAGGCACCUUAGGUCGUUGGCUCUCUCUUAUAUAGAUUUCACCGGAGAGCUACCUAAUUCCAUCGGCCAACUUGAGUACUUGGAGGAGCUAUACCUCUAUGACUGCAAUCUCUUCGGCACCAUUCCGACAUCGCUUGGAAACCUCAAGAAACUAAGAAUGUUAUCUCUUGGAGGGAAUAACUUGAACAAUGGUCAAUUCCCAUCUUCAAUCGGCCAUCUUAAAAACUUGGAGGAGCUAUACCUCCAAAGCUGCAAUUUCUUUGGUACCAUUCCGACAUCGCUUGGAAACCUCAAGAAACUAAGAAUAUUAGAUCUUCAAGGGAAUAACUUGAUCAAUGGUCAAUUCCCAUCUUCAAUCGGCCAUCUUAAAAACUUGGAGGAGCUAUACCUAGAAAGCUGCAAUUUCUUUGGUACCAUUCCGACAUCGCUUGGAAACCUCAAGAAACUAAGAAUGUUAUAUCUUCGAGGGAAUAACCUGAUCAAUGGUCAAUUCCCAUCUUCAAUCGGCCAUCUUAAAAACUUGGAGGAACUAUACCUCAGUGACUGCAAUUUCUCUGGUACGAUUCCGAGAUCGCUUACCAACCUCACGCGAUUAAUUUCGCUUGAUCUUUCAUACAACAAUUUUGAAGGCCCAAUUCCUCAAUUUUUUCCCAACUUCUCGCAACUUCAAUUUAUAGAUUUCUCAAACAAUCAACUAACAGGUCCCAUUCCAUCAUCAAUAACUGGCCUUCCAAAUCUACAGUAUCUAUAUUUAGGCAGUAACUCAAUCAAUGGGACAAUACCUCCUUCCUUGUUUCAUCUUGUGAACCUUACCUAUCUUGAUCUUUCAUCAAAUAAUUUAAGCGACACUGUUGAGCUGGACACGUUUGCAAAGAUUGAAUAUUUGAAUUAUUUGGAUCUUUCAAACAGUGGUCUAUCAUUGACCUCCACCAACUCCACUCCCUCCUCUUUCCGAAACAUUAGGACAUUACGAUUGUCGUCUUGCAACAUAUGUAAAAUUCCUGAAUUUCUGAAAACCCGAACGAAAUUGUUGGAGGUGCUAGACCUUUCGAACAACCACCUAAAUGAAGAACCCAAUCCACUCUGCAAUCUUCAUUCUCUUCGAUAUCUCAAUCUGUCCAAUAACCAAUUUGCCGGAUUAAUUCCUACCUGUUUGGGGAACUUCAAUGGAAAUUUAACCUCGUUAAAUUUGCAAAGAAACAAUUUCCAUGGUACCAUCCCUCAAACAUUUGGAAACGCAAGCAUGUUACAGGAACUUGACAUUAGCCACAAUGGAUUGCAAGGGAUACUUCCAAGAUCAUUGGCGAAUUGCACAAACCUAGAAAUUUUGAAUCUGGGUCAUAAUUUCAUAGAAGAUGCUUUUCCAUUUUGGUUGGAGAACCUGCCCCAAUUGAAGGUUGUUGUCUUGCGAUAUAAUAAAUUCCAUGGUCCCAUAGAGCAACCGAGGAAGAGAUUAGCCUUCACCAAUUUACAUAUCAUUGACAUGUCUCACAAUGAAUUUACAGGCACUCUGCCAUCAAAAUACUUUGAGAGCAUGCAUUCAAUGAUGAUGGAUGAUGAAGACAAAUCCUCCUUAAAUUAUAUGGGUAAUGAUUAUGGUUAUUAUUCGGUAACUAUAAUGAAUAAAGGACUGGAAAUGGAAUUCGUAAGGAUCAUCACCAUCUUAAAAGCUAUUGAUUUCUCGCACAACAAGUUUGAUGGAAAUAUUCCAAUAUCCAUUGGAAGACUUAAAGCCCUUUGUGUCCUAAAUUUUUCAAGUAAUGGUCUCACAGGUCUCAUUCCAGUGUCCUUGGGGGAUCUAACUGAGCUCGAGUCCUUAGAUCUAUCCCAAAACAAGCUCUCUGGUGAGAUACCUCAACAACUAACGAGUUUGACAUUCCUUGAAGUUUUUGAUGUCUCACAAAAUAAUCUAACUGGGAUUAUACCACGAGGCCAGCAGUUUGAAACAUUUUCAAACACUUCAUAUGAGGGAAAUCUAGGCUUGUGCGGGUUUCCAUUGUCAAAGAAUUGUGGGAAUGUCCAAAUAGCAGAAUCACCAACUUUACCAUCCGCAUUUAGCCACAAUUUUAAGUUCAAAUUUGAUGGCUUUGGUUGGGAAGCUGUGUUGAUGGGAUAUGGGUGUGGAGUAUUGCUUGGUUUGUUGAUUGGAAGUUACAUUAUUCGAAGGAAAGAAGAAUGGCUCGUAAGGAUUUUUGGUGUAAAAAUGCGUCAAAAUGGGAAGAGAUCAAAGAAGGUUCGGAAGAAGAUAGCUCAUACAAAGUCAAUUAUAAAUUGUUCGUAGUAAAUAUAUUGUGUAUUCUAAUAAAUUGGAGAAAGUAUUUGAAGGCUGCAAUGCAAGGAAAA